AAAUGUCAUCCCAGGAGGAAAUACUGAAGGAUGGGCGGUUUAGCUGCGUUACGAGGGAUCCCAGGUUUUGGGAGAUGCCCGAAAAAGAACGUAAAGUCAAGAUUGACAAACGAUUCCGAGCUAUGUUUCAUGACAAGAAGUUUAAGUUGAAAUACACAGUGGAUAAAAGAGGUCGCCCUGUUAACUAUACUUCUACGGAGAACCUCAGGAAAUUUUAUGCCCUGUCAGAAUCUGACUCUGAUCUUUCAGAAAAUGAUAGUGAAGAACAUACUGAAAAGAAAAUAAAGAAAAAAAAAGCUAAAUCGAAAGGAGAAGCAGAUUCUGCAAAACUACUUGCCGAUGGUCUCCCUCAGGAGGACAGCAAAAUAAACAAACGAGGAGUGGGCCAAACAUGUGAAGUGGUGACAAAACUACAUGGCCCUAAAAGUGAAGGACAAAAAAUUACAUCUAAAUUCAACUUGAAAGAGGACUCCAAGAAAACUGCAAGAGAAAUUGAUCGCUUUCAGGGAAACAAGGACCUUUUACACAAAGGGGAAAACCAGCAACUAGAUGCAUCAGGAGUGAAAUCGAUUUCUAUUCAAAACAAGCAAAAGUCUUCACAACCAGGUGGUACUAAAUUGGUUAAAGCUCCCACGAGGGACCAUUCUGUAGGAGGAAAAACAAAAGAAUCAGUGGCUGUAUGCACAGACACCUGUGAUCAAAGUGACGUUAGUAAAAGCCAAUUAGAGGAAGAAAUUUCUGCAAGUGAUGCUUUUGAGUCCGCAGAAUCGGAAGAAGAGGAGCCAGAAGAUGAUGGGGAAACGGGCGAAGAAGAUAGUGAUUCAGAAGAUGACGAAGAAAGUGAUAGUGGGCCUGAUCUAGCUAGAGGCAUAGGGAACAUUGAAACGAGCUCAGAGGAUGAUGAGGAUUUAAAUGACCUGUUUCCAAAGGAGCCAGAGAUAGAGCAUUCAUGGCGCGAGCUAGAUAAAGAUGCCCCUCGGGGAGAUGAGAUUACAAGUAGAUUGGCAGUUUGUAAUAUGGAUUGGGAUAGGUUGAAGGCCAAGGAUUUGAUGGCUCUGUUUAAUUCUUUCACGCCCAAAGGAGGAACGGUGUUUUCUGUUAAGAUUUAUCCUUCAGAGUUUGGAAAAGAGAGAUUGAAAGAGGAAGAACAAAAAGGACCUGUGGAACUGUUCGAUCUUCCAGAGGAUACCACAGAGAAUGAUGGGCUUUAUAGGGAAAAACUGCGGGAAUAUCAAUUUAAGCGACUGAAAUACUUCUAUGCAGUUGUAGAAUGUGAUUCUCCUGAAACAGCCAAUAAAAUUUAUGAGGAAUGCGAUGGACUGGAAUUUGAAAGUAGCUGUUCUUUUAUAGACCUAAGAUUCAUUCCAGAUAAUGUUACAUUUGAUGAUAAGCCAAAAGAUGAAGCCUCAGAAGUGAACAUAGCUGUAUAUAAGCCAAAGUACUUCACAUCUGCUGCUAUGGGAACAUCAAAGGUAGAUAUCACAUGGGAUGAGACAGAUCAUGAACGAGUUAUGUCACUUAACAGAACUUUUAAAAAAGAGGAACUUCUUGACAUGGAUUUUCAAGCUUAUUUGGCUUCGUCUAGUGAAGAAGAGGAAGAACAGCAGCAAG